CUACUACUAUUUGUCCCCUCCCCACUUCUCUCUCUUUCGUCAACCGAAGAAACUGAAACAAGUCGUAGACCCUCAGCACUAAAUCUGCCAGAAGAGAAGAAGCACAGAGAUUGAAGAAAACCCAAUUAAUGCCUUCUUUCUUCUUUAAGGUAAGAGCUGUAUCCACAGUUUUAGAGAAAGAAAGAGAAACCCGUAUCCCUGUGUCCAACUCAACCCCCCCUUUUUCUUUCAAUGCACAAUUACUGUUUCACCCAUACCAGAGCAACAUGCCAUGUAUGACUGACUGAGCACAUCAAGAUGCAAACUUUACUAACAAGAUUAUUGAGGCAUUGUUUUAUUUCUCCAAAUUAGUCAUGGUAGAUCGAAGAAGCCUAGCUGUUGCCUUAUGCAAUCUGUUCCUGCUGUUUCACUGCACAUUCCAACAAUCAUCCCAACCAUUGAGUUCUUUUGCCGAGAAAAUCACUUUGCUCCAACUCAGAUCAACGUUAGGGUUAAGAAGCAGAGAUUGGCCCAUAAAAGGUGACCCUUGUUUAAAGUGGGUCGGUAUCCAAUGCCAGAAUGGUUCAGUUAUUGGGAUCAAUAUUUCUGGGUUUAAGAGAACCAGAAUUGGUAGUCAAAACCCCCAAUUUUCAGUUGAUGCCCUGGCCAAUUUGACCCUGUUGGAGUCAUUUAAUGCUUCUAGGUUCUUGCUCCCCGGUUCAAUUCCUGACUGGUUUGGCAACGAGUUAACCGCUCUCCAAGUUCUUGAUCUUCGGUUUUGUUCUAUUUCUGGUGCUAUUCCGUUUAGUCUCGGUAAUUUGAGUAAUGUUGGUAGUCUGUUUUUAGCUGGUAAUGAUCUUACUGGGGUAGUUCCAGCUAGUUUGGGUCAGUUGUCGCGCCUUUCGGUUCUUGAUCUGUCUAGGAAUUCGCUUAUCGGAUCUAUUCCACCGUCUUUUGCCUCUCUUGGGAAUCUCACUUCGCUCGACAUGUCUUCGAAUUUCUUGUCCGGGAUAGUUCCUGCGGACUUUGGGGCUCUUUCCAAGCUCCAGUUCUUGAAUCUGUCCAAUAAUAGUCUUUCUUCUUCGAUACCCGCUCAACUUGGUAACCUUUCUAGUUUGGUUGACCUUGAUCUCAGCUUGAAUGCUUUUUCUGGGUCGGUUCCGCCGGACUUGGGAGGUUUAGGGAAUUUGCAGAAGAUGGUUUUUGGGUACAAUUUGCUUGCUGGUUCUUUGCCAGGUAACUUGUUUCCUAAUCUGACUCAGUUGCAGUUUAUAGUUCUAAAUAAUAACAGUUUCACCGGUGAUCUUCCUGAUGUAUUGUGGUCGAUACCUGCGUUGCUUUACCUUGAUGCCUCCAACAAUAACUUCUCUGGGAUGCUGCCCAACACAAGCGGGGGUUUUGGUGUCAAUGCUACAGUAUUGAACCUUUCUCACAAUAUGUUUUACGGAGAUCUCGCACCUGUAAUUAGUAGGUUCAGUUUUAUUGACAUUACCAGUAACUAUUUCGAAGGCAGGGUUCCAAACUAUAUUGGUAGUAAUGCAUCCCUUGAUGGGAAUUGCCUCACAAACUUGUCAAGCCAGAGGAAUGGCACUGAAUGUGCAUCAUUUUAUUCUGAUAGAGGCCUUGUAUUUGAUAAUUUCGGUCUCCCAAAUGGCACUCAGCCCCCUCCAUCUGUAUCAGCUAAGAAAAGUCACAGAUAUUGGAUCAUAUUGGCAGGAGUCUUGGGUGGUGUACUGUUUAUUGCACUUUUGGUAGGUUUGGUAGUACUGAUUGUAUACUGCCACAACAGAGGUGCAAGGAACCAGAGAGGGACGACUGGUGUGGUGGCUGUUCCUGCUGGCGGAAGUCCACAACCUCCUGGAUUGGCUUUAAACUUUUCAAGUCUUGGCGAUGGAUUUACAUAUCAGCAGCUUCUCUUGGCAACAGACAAUUUCAAUGAUGUUAACCUCAUCAAACAUGGCCAUUCAGGUGAUCUCUUUCGAGGAAUUCUGGACGGUGGGGUCCCUGUAGUCAUCAAAAAGGUUGACUUGCAAGCAGUCAAGAAGGAAACAUACAUGUCAGAGUUAGACUUUUUCAGUAAGGUUUCUCAUGCCAGAUUGGUUCCGCUCCUCGGACAUUGCCUGGAGAACGAGAAUGAGAAGUUUCUGGUUUACAAAUACAUGCCAAAUGGGGAUUUGUCAAGUUCUUUGUACAGGAAAACAAGUUCAGAGGAUGAAAGUUUGCAGUCUCUGGAUUGGAUAACAAGGUUGAAAAUUGCAACAGGAGCUGCUGAGGGUCUGUCUUAUCUACAUCAUGAGUGUUCGCCACCCCAUGUCCACAGAGAUGUUCAAGCCAGCAGUAUACUUCUGGAUGAUAAAUUUGAAGUACGGCUAGGGAGCCUGAGUGAGGUUUGUGUUCAAGAAGGGGAUGCUCAUCAAAGCAUGAUUACCAGGCUGUUGCGGUUGCCAACAACAUCCGAUCAAGGCACUUCAGGUUUACCAACAUCCAAUUGUGCCUAUGAUGUUUACUGCUUUGGGAAGGUAUUGCUAGAGCUGGUAACAGGUAAGCUGGGAAUGAGCGCAUCAAGUGAAUCUGAGAUGAAGGAUUGGUUGGAAUCCACAUUGCCUUACAUAAGUAUAUAUGACAAAGAACUUGUGACAAACAUUGUGGACCCGUCUCUGAUAAUUGAUGAGGAUUUACUAGAAGAAGUAUGGGCAAUGGCAAUUGUUGCCAGAUCAUGCCUAAAUCCCAAACCUACACGGCGGCCACUUAUGAGAUAUAUCCUAAAAGCUUUGGAAAACCCCUUGAAGGUAGUGCGGGAAGAACACUCAAGCUCUGCUAGGCUGAGAGCUACUUCCUCGAGAGGGUCUUGGAAUGCUGCUCUGUUUGGUAGCUGGCGGCAUAGCUUGUCUGAUGCAGCUGCUGUUCCAGCGGCCUCUGGUAGCAAAGCUGAAGUUGGAGGUAGUUUCAAACAAUCGGCAACUUCUGCUUCCCAGGGAAGUGGUCAAAAUGGUUCGUCAUCGACUAGGCGGCAUUCUAAUGAGAUAUUCCCCGAACCAUCCAAUGCGCAAGAUUUAGAGAGACCAAAUGAGGGUUUAAGGGGAGAUUAGUUAUUGUUGAUUCUUUGUUAAUAAUACUACAGCAGGCUCCCCAUUCGUGUGCCUUGCUUUUGUUGUUGCCCCAAAUUGGGGCUGGGGUUUUUCUUGGCAUUUUUUUUCUCACUUUGGUGUGUCCAAAGAAUGCAUAGAGCGCCAUUAAAGGGAAAUGGGUAUCUAAUUUUGAAGGCCUGAUUGAUUCCCUUGACCAGAAAAGUCAAAUUGUUUAUGAGAGAGAGAGAGAGAGAGAGAGAGAGAGAGAGAGAGAGAGAGAGAGAGGUGACAUUGGUAGUUCUUGUUCUUUAAUUUGUUUGAGGGCUUGUUUAUGGUAGAAACAAGCUGCAUUUUUUAUAUGUAAUUUUGUUUACUGGUCUCUCAUGGAAUGUAAAUUGUAACAACCCGGUCUUUGCCUUAUUGGAUGCGAUUUUCCUUUAGAGUUAAAGGAAUGCACAGGGAAAGUUAUGCAAUAA